UGUCUUUCAACACAAGAAAUGUGAUUUUCCAACUUUCUGUUUAAAACAAACAUUUUACUGACAAUGAAUGUGUAAGAAGAAUAAUCUGGCAUUACAUUCAAGGCAAUUUGUGGCAGAUUAUGACAAACACAGUCAAAUAGCAGAGAAUAAUUGUGUUACAAACACGAAAACAGGAUAUGGAGGUACCUGGAAGAAGGUCUGAAGUGCCAUUCAAAGGCCAAGAAGAAAGAUCAAGUGUUGAAGACAGUAAAGUGUUCUGUCAGCCAUGUAGCAGUGAUGAAGACUGGGCGUUCGCAGUGGGAUACUGUCAAAACUGUAGUGAGUAUUUCUGCCAGACAUGCUUAAAACUUCAUUGUAAACAGUCUAUAAGCAAACAUCAUGUGAUCUUAGAAGGUGAAAAUAUGCCUGGAGAAAAAGUAUCUUCACACCCUCUUGGUACUUGUUCGGAAUUCUGUUCUCGGCACACCAAUGAAAUCCUGAAAUUCUACUGUCCCUCCCAUGAUGAUGUAGGGUGUGGUGACUGUAUAGUGCUGGAACAUAAUACAUGCAGAGUAGAACGUAUCCAAGAUAUCUCCAGCAACUACUACAAUGGGCCUGAACAUGGGGAUUUACAAAGAAAGGUUGAACAGCUCUGUGAAGAUAUAAAAAAUGUAGCUAAAGAAAUGAAAGAGAGCAAUGAAAACAAAAAUGAGUCAUAUUCCAAAGCUUUAGAAGAUAUAUCAGCAUUCAGAAAAGAGAUAAAUGAUCAUUUUGACAGAGCAGAAGCUGAAAUAAUAGCUGAUCUAAACAACAGAAGAGAAGAAGAUGAACAACUACUGUCAAAACUGACAAAAAUGAAACAAUGUUUGGAAAGGGAUAUCAUGGAAAUGCAAAAGAAAUUACAGCUUCAGUCAAAUAAAGCAAAUGAUGUGUUUGUGGCAGCAAAGAAAAUAAAGAAACAAAUUGCAAGAACUGACAGCAGUGUCAAGCAGAUGUUACAAAACUGCCAAAUACAUGUAGAUCAGUACAGAUUUAAACCAUCCUCCCAUAUCAAAAAUAUCAUUUCAUCUGCUACUUCAUUAGGAGAUGUAACAGAAUAUGAAAGCCUGAAAACUGAUCAGUCAGUUCUGGAGGAUCAAUCCAGAAGAGACACAGGAAAGCUAACAGAGUGCAGAAGCAAGAACCAUUCUGAUAUUAAGAGUCUAGAAGACAUGGAACCGGAACAAGAAGACAUGGAACCAGAACUAGAAGACAUGGAACCAAAAUUUGAAAGUGCAAUCCAGAUAAUAUCCACUGAAGAUACAUCAGAUUGUGCUAUUCUUGCAUCAGCCAUAAUUUCACCCAGUAAGAUAGUACUAGCAGACUGUGCUAACUACUGUGUGAAAAUAGUUGACACUGAAAAAAAGAAGCUAGAAGCCCGGUAUGAACUGAGUAGUCAACCAAAAGAUGUAGCUACUAUCUGUGAGAACCAGCUUGCAGUUUUACUUCCAGAUGAACAAGAAAUUCUAAUUCUAACACUCAUACAUAAUAUGUUCACAGAAAUUCGACGCAUUAAGAUAAAGUACUGGGGUGGAAAAAUCCUUUUUCAAAAAGGAACAUUCAUAACAGCGUAUGACCAUGGUGUAGAUAUUCUGGAUACUGAUGGAAAGUUAAUAAAAACUAUUCCUACAGAACAACAUAAAUUUCUUAAGAGCAUAGCAUUUGCUCCUGAUUCAAUGUCAUUUUAUGCAUCUUAUUUCUGUCAGACAAGUCUUACAUGGCCUAACAUUGUUCAGAAGUAUGAUUUGGCUGGAAAUCGCUUAGCAGAAUACACCAGUUUGGAUGAAAAUCUUGAAAGUGUUCGAGGUAUCACUGUAGCUAAAGAUGGUACAGUGAUUAUGUGUAACUAUGGUGCAAACUUAAUUUCUGGUAACAUUCAUUUGUUGUCUCCAGAUUGCAAGUUGAUAAAAGAAGUUUUAACAAACAACAAUGACAUGAAUCCAUUUUGUGUUUCUUUUUGUGAUGAAACCAAAAGGCUUUUUCUUUGUAACAAAGAUAUUAUACAUCCAUACAGGAAUAAUGUUCUGAAAGUUUUUCAGAUGAAAUAAGUGUAUUGAACUGGAAACAAGAGGGCCUAGGUUGCUCACCUGAGAAACACACCAUAACAGUGUUAACAUGUCUGACCUAGUGAUUUCAUGGCAACAAAUAUUCUGGCCAAUUUUCAUUAGAACUGGACCAAAAAUGUGGUCUCUUGAGUUUAAACAAGUAUCUUCUUUGACAUGCCCUAGUGACCUAGUUUUUGACCCCAGAUGACCUAUAUUCAACAUGACCUAGAUUUCAUAGAGGCAAUCAUUCUGGUCAAAUUUCAUGAAAAUCAAUUGAAAAAUACAGCCUCUAUCGCAUACACAAUGUUUUUUUUUGUUUUGACCUAGUGACCUACUUUUUAAAACCAGUUGACCCAUUUUUGUACUUGACCUAGAUUUUAUCAGGGCAAUCAUUCUGACUAAAUUUCAUGAAGAUCAAUUGAAAAAUACAGCUUCUAUGGAAUACACAAUGUUUUUUUUAUUUGACCUACUGACUACUUUUUGACCCCAGAAGACCCAUAUUUGAACUCAACCUAGAAUUCAUUUAGGCAAUUAUUCAGACCAAAUUUCAUGAAGAUCAAUUGAAAAAUACAGCCUCUUUCGCAUACACAAGCUAAAUGUUGUCAGACGACAGACAGACAGACGCCGGAUAUUGAGCGAUCACAAUAACUCACCUUAGCCUGAGCUUAAAAGUGAAAUGUGUAACUAUGUACAUUUAUACAUAAUUAGUGUAAAACUGACAACACAAGAGGUUGUUUUACACGAAAAAUGCCUGUCUCCCACCACUUACAAUGCAGAAAUAGUAAAAUUCCACAUAUCAAGGGCAAUAACUCCAGCAAUAUACACAGUGAGACUUUGCAGAGGUAAUUCCUGUGAAGUUUGGUGGAAUUCCAACCAGUGAUAUAGAAGAAAUUGCACAAAAACUUUAACCUGAAAUUUUAAGUAAAAAGGUGUGUAUGUGGAAGGGAUAUCGACAUAGACGAGGAUGCCAGUUUGAGUAGGAUAGCUCUCUAUCUUAGAUAUUUUCUUCAAAUGUAGAAAAUCCUCCUGUAUUUAAUUUUACUAGAUAUAUUAAUUGUAUAUGUAGAGCUAGCUACAUUCAUGAUUAAAUUUCAUGCAAUAACAGUCCAUUGUUUAAAACUUCUAGUUUUUUAAAGGUCGUACACAUUUAUAAUGUGUUUAGCUUUACAUGUAUACAGUGUGUACUAUUUUAAUGUACUAUUUUAAACCUAAUGCAAAGUAUUGUUAAUACAUAUAAACUUGUUUAUCUUAUGUAGCACUUGUUCAUAUUUUCAAAUAUGAAAUUUUGGUCUAUUAUAACUUUAACAAUAGUGACUAGUUAGAUAUGAUUGGAAACAAUCUUAUGAUAUCUGAAGAUGACAUAAACAGACACACUGACUUCAUGCAAACAAUUCAAAAAAGAAAUAUUCUAAAUGUAAGCAGACAGUAAUUCAAAAGAUUAAAAUGUUUCUGCAAUACAGUAUUUGAACAGGGAAAUUAAUAUGAAAUGAGUAUGUUAGUGAUAACUUACAAAAUCUGAACAGAAAUAAAUAUUUCAAAUAUUGGCUAACCAUACAUGCCAUAUCUCCCACCGGGAGGCUUUUUCUCCCGUAUUUUCAGUAUAUCUCCCGGUCUCCCGCCGGGACAUGAAAACCUCCCGUAAAAAAAUAAAUUCAGAAAAAAAGUCCUCUGUCGAAAAAUCGUAUCUCGGACCCAAUGUAGACCUUUAGAAAAUACUUGAAAUUCAAUAUCGAGUAGCCCGGAAAUACAUUUCAAACAUAAUUUUCAUACUUGUCUAUAAUCCCUAGCUUGUUUAUCGAGAGAUACACGCCUGAGGCAUUAAUGAAAAGAGACAUAAAUAUGAACUUCGUAUCAAAUAUGCUACUGACCAUACAACAUUUAACAUUUUGACUGAUACAUAAAUAUUUACUUAAUAUUUAAAGUGCUGACUUGCAACAUUUGAACAGAUUUACAAAAAUGAACUAAGUAUCUGAAGUGCUGACUUACAAGUAUUGGUCAACAAAAUUUGAACAGAGAUAUAUAUGCAAAUUGAGUAUUGUUAGUGCUGUCUAACAGCUUGAACAGAGAUAUAUAUGCAAAUUUAGUAUUGUUAGUGCUGUCUUGCAACAUUUGAACAGAGAUAUAUAUGCAAAUUGAGUAUUGUUAGUGCUGUCUUGCAACAUUUGAACAGAGAUAUAUAUGCAAAUUGAGUAUUGUUAGUGCUGACUAACAGCUUGAAGAGAGAUAUAUAUGCAAACUGAGUAUUGUUAGUGCUGUCUUGCAACACUUGAACAGAGAUAUAUAUGCAAAUUGAGUAUUAUUAGUGCUGUCUAACAGCUUGAACAGAGAUAUAUAUGCAAAUUGAGUAUUGUUAGUGCUGUCUUGCAACAUUUGAACAGAGAUAUAAUAUGCAAAUUGAGUAUUGUUAUUGCUGUCUUGCAACAUUUGAACAGAGAUAUAUAUGCAAAUUCAGUAUUGUUAGUGCUGUCUAACAGCUUGAAGAGAGAUAUAAAUAUGAGCGGAGUAUACCAGUGGUGACCUACAACAUUUGAACAGAGAUAUAAGUACAAGCUGAAUAUUGUUAGUGCUGACUUACAAAAUUUGAAGAGAGAUAUAAAUACGAGCUGAGUAUUGCUAGUGCUGACUUUCAACAUUUGAACAGAGUUGCAGAUACAAAUCGAAUAUCUAGGGUGCUAGCAAACAAUAUUUAAAGUGGAAUUAUAUGCAUUUUUCAAGUAAAGAUCAUGCUUAAAUAGAUGUGUUUGUAAAAAGGGUGAAGGAAAUUAUAGCUUUUAACCCAACAUACCAAACUCUUCCUGUUACCAGUACGAAAUAAUAAGUUUCCAAAUAUGACUUUUCUUAUUUUGAGUGGGGCAGUCUUUUUAAAAAACGUCACACUGCAAGCAGGAGUUGCUUCCCUUCUACUUCAGAAAUUUCCAUUUUCAGGUAAGGGAGAUCAUUGCGCAGAAGACUGAAAAAAUAUCUAUUAUUUUAUCCGUCCAUUUUCUUUAUUUUUAAAGCAUCAACUUUAAAUACUAAUGCGGCAUUAUCGUUAAUUUAACACAUCUAAAUGCACAGCAACCGAAAGUUGCUUUUAUAGAAUACUCACCCAAAACACACUAUAUGCAGUAUUAGAUGCACAUAAUGCCACUUUAAAGGUAGUUCUGCAUGUUCAGGAAAGUAUUGGCUAACAACAUAUGAAUAGAGUUGUAAAUAAAAACUAAGUAUUUAACAUGCUGACUUACAACAUUGGUGGAUCUGUUUGUUUAAUACCACACUAUAAUGACAAAUGAAAAAGAUUCUGACUGGUCUUCACAUCAUAUUUUGUGUGAAUGAGCAUAUAUUAUUUUAUAACAAGCGCUUGUUUUUGAGUCUGUAGUUACUGAUCUUAAUACAAUUUUGCCAUUCACUUGUAAAUGCUGAUGAAUGAAAGUGUUUAGCUUAUAUUAAACCUUUUUUUCCAUGUACAAAAUAAUAUAUAGCAGAUGUAUGUAUUAAUAUAUUCAAACAUGGUGUAGUGGUUAAACAUCAUAACCCUAGUGAAUUAUUCUAUGUGGAGUAAAACCUACUCAGAUGGUUUGAAUAAAUUAAAACAUGUUUUUUUUAUAUAUUAUUUUGAUUCUAAUAUACCUUUUAUGUAAAUAACUUGUAUGAAAUAGUGAAAAAAAAUUUCUUUGCACCAAACUGUAGGUCAAUGUGAUAUCAACGUAACCAAGGUUACACACCACCCAGUAUAAUUUAAGAGUGCCUAGACAUCCAGAAAAUGAAUCUGUGCACCUAGUAAUCGAUUCAGAGUGUGUGAAUUAAAUGUAACUUUGUUUCACUAUAUUAUUUCAAUUCUGAAAUGUAUUUUGAAUAAAAUAGUAGAUCAAAUAUAGUAGAAUUCUUUCUCAUACGGUGCCAAAUAAUACAUGUAGGUCGCUCUGACAUCAAUAUUACCAUGCCUGUCAAGGUUUUUCUAUGAUCUGACUU